GUUAAGAUUGAAUUUGAUUGUUAAAUAAAAGACGAGUACCGUGUAAAAUAGACGAAAAAUUCGCUUAUUUAAUAAUUAAUUAACAUUAUUUGAAUUAAAUAAAAAUGUAUAAAGUUUUGUUAAUUUGGUUGGGAAUUUUGUGUACCUUAGUAGCAACAUCUCCGCGUAGUGAUUGCCCGCGUAUGAAAUCUAAACGCCAAUGGGGCGCUAAAAUUGCAAAUGAAGUGAAUUACCAAGUCAAACCCGUUCAUUUUGUGAUAAUUCAUCAUACCGUUACGGAAGAGUGUUCAAAAUUCCCUGAAUGUUCUGAGUUAUUGCAAAAUAUGCAACAUUCACAAAUGACAACACAAAAAUUCGAUGAUAUAGCAUAUAAUUUCAUGAUCGCUAGUGAUGGCACUGUUUACGAAGGUAGAGGUUGGGGUAAAAGUGGUGCACACACUUAUGGUUAUAAUGCGAAAGGAUUGGGUAUAGCAUUCAUUGGAAAUUUUAUUGAGAAAUUACCAUCACGAUCUGCUCUAAAUGCUGCUAAGAAAUUACUAUCAUGUGGUGUGAAAAGAGGAGAAUUGGAUAAACAAUAUCAACUUCUAGGAGCAACUCAAGUCUCAGCAACAAAAAGUCCCGGAAUUACAUUGUAUAAUGAAAUACAAAAAUGGGAACAUUGGGUACCAAACCCAUAGAUAUUGUGAGUGAUCUAAUAGUUGUUUAAUAAAAUAGAUG